GUAAUAGAUGCUAUAUACAUUUCCAAUAGAAAGUAUAAAACAUGUAUCUGUUGUUUAGGUUGUGAAAGUUCUCCUUGAGAAUGGGUCAAAUCCCUCUGACAAGAAUCUUGGUGGACUUAGUGCUUUUGACAUGGCUGAGGAGGAGGAAAUGAGAAACCUGCUUAGUAGUUUUCAAACCUCGACCUGCAGAGAACCAGCAGCAUGUAGAGCACCAGACAUUCAUCCAAGGGAAGCAAGUGCUGCAAGCAGAGAACCUGCUGAUGUUCAGCUGAGACAAAACAAAGGCAGAGAUAAACCAUUUACAGCUCUGAGUUGCACUGCGAUUCUGCAAGAUAUUUCUUGGAAACAAGCAGAAAUUUUGACCUUGCCUCUGACAAAUCUUAAGGAUUUAGAGAGAUACAAAGAGGUUUUACUGGAUACCCAAAAUGUGCUGAUGGAUGUCCUGGUAAAUCAACGUUUAGAGAAAGACACUUUAAGCCACAAGUUAAGGACUGUGCCUGUUUACUUUCACGAACGAGUGCUGAAAAGUAACGUCCUCGCCUUGGCUUCAAAUCAGAGGAAAUUGGUGAAUCUCCUCCAGAAUCAACUGGAGUUGGAAAAAGCUUACAUUACAGCAAAGGCUAACAUUUCUUCUCAGUCCUUGAAUCAUCAAGGAAGAGGUGCUCCAUUUAACCAGCAGGAAUCUCUACUGACAGAUCACAACAGUGCAGAUGGGAAUUCUACUGGAACAAAGAAUUAUAUUAUGAACAUCAAAGGUAACACUGCAGAGGUAAACAACCCUGCUAAUGAGGCUGAGAUGGAUGAAGAGACGUUGCUUUCAGACCAGGAUUCUGUCAGUUUGCUGCAGGAUCUUCCUGCCCCCCAAAGCAGAGCAGCUGCUGAGGACAUGGCUGUGACUAAUUCAGGUUUGCAUGCUGCAAACACAGAGAUUAGAAAGAAGCUGGAGCUGAACCGGCAGAAAAGAAACAAACCGGAGAUCAGCAGAGGCCAAGCGCCUACUGCAGGCUGUGCCGCUUCCUCUUCGCUGUCAGGUGAGCUGGAAAACCCAUACAGCUCCAUGUUUACCAGGAUUAUCUUGGAGAAUUUUAAUUGUUUGGUUCUUUUUAUUUGUUGAAGCAAACGUUCCAAAAAAAAGUCAGCUUUACAAGAGAAAUAGCAUGGGAGAGACUCUUCUCCACAAGGCGUGCCAGAAAAGUGAUAUGGCUCAAGUCAGGAUGCUCCUAAAGGCUGGAGUCGGCGUCAAC